CGGGGCUCCCCUCGGCAGGGCUCAGCGCCCCAUAAAUACCCAGCGCGAGGCUCUCGCCGUGUGCUUGGCUGCCGGAGGCUCAGGUCCUUCAUCAGGGAGAAAAUGUACAGCCAAGUCGAGCAUCCUGCUGGAGGCUACAAGAAGCUCUUUGAGACGGUGGAAGAGCUGUCGUCUCCGGUGACUGCCCAUGUCACAGGCAGGAUUCCCACCUGGCUGCGAGGAAGCCUCCUGAGAUGUGGUCCCGGCUUGUUCGAGGUGGGCGCGGAGCCCUUCUACCACCUCUUUGACGGCCAGGCGCUGCUCCACAAGUUUGACUUCAAGGAGGGGCACGUUACCUAUCACCGAAGGUUUGUCAGGACUGAUGCUUACGUGAGAGCGAUGACCGAGAAAAGGAUCGUGAUAACGGAAUUUGGCACCUAUGCGUACCCAGACCCGUGCAAGAACAUCUUUUCCAGGUUUUUCUCAUACUUCAAAGGUGUGGAGGUCACUGAUAACGCCCUCGUUAAUGUUUACCCCGUCGGUGAAGAUUACUAUGCCUGUACUGAGACCAACUUCAUAACCAAAAUUAACCCAGAUACGUUAGAGACAAUUAAGCAGGUGGAUCUUUGUAAAUACGUGUCCGUCAACGGGGCAACGGCUCAUCCCCACAUUGAAAACGAUGGGACAGUUUACAACAUCGGCAAUUGCUUUGGAAAAAAUUUCGCGCUCGCCUAUAACAUCAUACGGAUUCCUCCGCUUCAGGCAGACAAGGAAGACCCGAUGAACAAGUCGGAGGUGGUGGUGCAGUUCCCUUGCAGCGACAGGUUUAAGCCCUCUUACGUCCACAGCUUCGGUCUGACUUCGAACUACAUAGUGUUUGUUGAAACACCGGUGAAAAUCAACCUCCUCAAGUUCCUCUCCUCCUGGAGCCUUUGGGGAGCCAACUACAUGGACUGCUUUGAGUCCAACGAAACCAUGGGGGUCUGGCUUCACGUGGCAGAGAAAAAGAAAGGCAGGCUCCUCAACAUCAAAUACCGCACCUCGGCCUUCAACCUUUUCCACCACAUUAACACCUAUGAAGAUAACGGAUUUCUGAUCGUCGACCUCUGCACCUGGAAGGGGUUCGAGUUUGUUUACAACUACCUCUACUUAGCCAACUUACGAGCAAACUGGGAUGAAGUGAAGCGGCAGGCAGAGAAAGCCCCGCAGCCCGAAGCCCGCAGAUACGUGCUGCCCCUGAACAUCGACAAGGCUGACACAGGCAAGAACUUGGUCACCCUGCCCUACACGACGGCUACGGCGACCUUGCGCAGCGACGAGACCAUCUGGCUGGAGCCAGAAGUUAUUUUCUCAGGGCCGCGCCAUGCCUUUGAAUUUCCACAGAUCAAUUACAAGAAAUACGGUGGGAAACCUUACACGUAUACGUAUGGGCUGGGGCUGAAUCACUUUGUCCCAGACAGGCUUUGCAAGCUGAAUGUUAAAACCAAGGAGACCUGGGUGUGGCAGGAGCCAGAUUCGUACCCAUCGGAGCCGAUCUUUGUUUCCCAUCCGGAUGCCCUGGAGGAAGAUGACGGGGUUGUGCUGAGCAUCGUGAUCAGCCCGGGCGCCGGGCCGAAGCCCGCCUACCUCCUGAUCCUGAACGCCAAAGACAUGAGCGAGGUUGCCAGGGCUGAAGUGGAGGUGAACAUUCCCGUGACUUUCCACGGACUCUUCAAGAGAGCGUGACCGCUGCCUGCAACACGUCGGGUUAGGUUUCUUCCAGCUCCGAAAAGGUGCAGUCUCCGUUUACAAGCACUCAAAUGACCUAAAUUCCUUCAACAUCACUUUUUAUUCAUAUGGCUACGUAAUUGAGAUUGAGCAUUUCAGUUUUGUUGGUGAUUGUUCAAAAUACUUAACCAGGUAUUUUCCAGAUACACCCUUUGGUGUUAUUUCCAGAGGUGCAGUGCUAAGAACUCUUGUACAGUUAAAACAACACAAGUUUGGGGCACAGGGCUGGGUUUUUUGUUUUUACAAAAUUAAACCUUGCAGCUGUGGCACAGUGAAAGAUGCAUGGAACGGCACAGUGUAAACUCAAUACUUGCACACACAAUAACAUUAUGUAGAAGUGUCUCUGUGCUCUGUUACGUGCUUUGAGAAAAGGUAAUUUUUAGCCUACGCUGAAAUAGUAAGGAUUUAAAUCCCCUCCUGGUCACUCCUUUAGUUUCCUCAGAGUAAUCUGAGCGGAGCCUUUCCAUAGCUGCUUUGGAAAUCCGAACUGACCCGCCCAAGGCGGUGCGGCAAGCAGCAUCUUGUCCUUUACUAAGGCUGAAAACUGCACCCACUAGCUUAUGUGUUUUCUCUUUCCCAUUUCUUUUGUCAAAGUGCAGUUUCUUGAGUUCUGGAUUUCAUGCUAAAACAUGAAUAUGAAAAAAAUCAAGCAAUUGUUACCACUUGAGAUGCACUUGCUUCCUUAGAGUGCUAGACUCCCAGCUUAAUCCUUCCUUUUCACAAAAUAAAUUUUCAACUAAUGUAGUAAGAGGCUAUGGUUCAAAAUACAAACAUAUUGCUAAUA